AUGUGUCAGCUGGUUGAACUCGGACUUGUCAGGGAUAGUGGAGAGAAGUUGGAGGAAUUACCCGACCUCCCAUUAGAGCUAAAACCGGCUGAGUUUGUUGAGCGUCGCUCGUGCCUACAGUGUGCUUUUCGGCAAAAGUUAUUAUUAGCACCUGGGCUAACCAUAUGGCCACAAAGUCAACAGCCAAUGUCCUAUGACGUCUUGCUCGCUUGCUCCGUGAUGACGUUUGAAUUCACCUCGUCCGCUUUUGAGGCUAUUACGGUCUAG